AUGAUGGGUAAAAGCAAAGCGCUCUCUCAAGAUCUUUGCAGCCUUGUUGUUGCAAAACAUACUGAUGGUAUUGGUUACAGAAGGAUUUCUAAACUUCUGAAUGUUCCAGUGAGUACUGUUGGGACCAUAAUCUUGGACGUCAUGAUCGUGGGAUCAUCACAUAUUGGUGGCAGCGAUCCUGUGUUCGUGACACUCCUUGCAAGAUUUCUGACAGAGAAGUGAAAAAAUGUACCAGAAGAGUUGUCCAAGAGCCAAGGACCACUUGUGGAGAGCUUCAGAAAGACCUGGAAUUAGCAGGUACAAUUGUUU